AUGAGAAUAAAAGACUAUGAAGAGUAUUUGAAAAGGAAACAUGCUGAUGUUUUUUCUAAAGAGUAUGAGUGGUUUGUAUUGUUGCUUGAGUUGAAAUCUGUUGGAACAGCACAGUCAAGGAAAGCCGCGCUGGCUGUUGAAAACAAGGAGAAGAAUUGUGACAGCCAUGUGCUACCCUAUGAUGCUUCAAGAGUGAAGAUAUCAAUACGUGGCAGCCCCUUUGAUGAUUACAUCAACGCUAGCUAUGUCCCAGGCUACAAGUCAAGAGAAGAGUUUAUAGCUGCUCAGUGUCCACUGCCCACAACGAUCGAUGAUUUCUGGAGAAUGAUCUGGGAAAAAAACGUCUACACCAUAGCAAUGCUGACAAAAUGCAAUGAGCAGGGAUGAGUGCUGAAACAUGAGAAGUACUGGCCAUCUGGCACCAAUAAUUAUCAUGAUAUCUCUGUGACGACCACUUCAGAGACAGAACUGGAGAGUUGGACCAUAAGAGACUUCGAAAUCAAAAAUGUGAAAACAGAAGAAACUCGUAACAUAUGCCAGUUCCACUUCACGGCGUGGCCAGAUGAUGGAGUUCCACAGACCACUGAAGUCCUNNNUGACUUCAGACACCUGGUGAGAGAACACAUGGACCAGUACUCACGCCACUCUCCUGCUGUGGUACAUUGCAGUGCCGGUGUGGGAAGAACUGGGACCUUCAUUGCCAUUGAUCACCUGAUCUUCCAGAUUGAAAGAGACAGUAUGGUGGACAUCUAUGGAAUUGUUAAUGAUAUGCGCAUGCACAGGCCUCUCAUGGUGCAGACUGAGGAGCAGUAUGUUUACCUCCACCAGUGUGCAUAUGACAUAAUUCGAUCAAGAACCGGAACCACCCGCAGCGGAAGCAGCUUUCAAGCCCAGACGUUCAGCCUCAAAGAGAUAGAGGAAAGUGGUGGAAUAAUUUUGAUGACUUUACGAACGGCCUUCAUGUCAGGAUUUCUCUCCGAGCUCAGGAAAAGCACUAAUGGGAGCGUUUGUGGAGCUCUGGUCUUAAUGAAGGGCUCUGAUCUCAGGUGUUUCAUGGAGAAGUGCCUGGGGAUGAUGUCAACGGCUGCACUUCAGGAAGUUAGCAAAGUUUGGCCUCUUCAAAGUGAUGGAAAGAGGAACGUAGAUGGAGGCUUUUAG